AUGGACUCUACAGCUCACUCUGGGAAUUCUAGCAACCAUCAAGACAUCCAUCCGUCUCCUCCGCCCGACGAGACAGAGCUAGCUAAAAACAAGACAUCACCUCUCAAGAAGACUGUCGCCACCCGCCAGAGGUACCUCACCACGGGGAAGAUUGGCGAAGAGGACCGUCCUGAAUUCCGCUACAAUCUGUCCGACGACAUGAUGCCUUACUUUGCCGAAGUUGAGGCCGAUGGCUUCCUCGAGACUCACUUGCCUGGUGAAGACUUCAAACACAAUGCUAGGAAGGAGCCCUUGAGAUUCAAUACAGAGUUGCUCAAAAAUAAUGAGCGCGAAAUGGCAGAAGAGUUUGUCCACGUCGCAAGCCCUGCACUCAAGAGGGGUGGUUCCAAACCACUCGUAGCCAAGAUCACUGCAGACUUGCCGGAUUCUACAGAGUCAACUGGGUUUGGUCAAGGUGGCAAGAAGAGACCUGACGUCGUCCUCUAUCCCAACAACAAAGAGGCAGUCAAGGACUACGCCCUGUCGAAGGACGACAUCGAGGGACUCAAGAAGGGGAGGGACAAAAGAAAGACACUCAAAAGUUCAAAGGACCAAAUCGAGGAAUCGGAAUACAAUUUCAGUCAUCUUGCUCGGACAUGUUGGUCGUGGGUCUGCGUACCCGUGGAGCUCAAGGCAGAUCAUCAACAUUCGGCGUUCGGAUUCGGCAAUGAUCCGAAUUUCCUUCCUGGUGGUCGAAAGAGGCGAGGUGCAAGGGGCCAACUUGCCGACUAUGCUGCCAGAAUUCUUCAGCGCCAACACCUCCUAUUCUUCUUCAUGAUCGCAAUCACUCGCAACGAGGCGCGACUCAUGCGCUGGGACCGGGCUGGUGCUAUCGUCACCCAACCCCUCGAUCUCAGAGACCCCGAUCAAGCGGACAAGCUACUAACGUUUCUGUAUCGAUUAAGCAGGGCGAAGCCCGAACAACGCGGCUGCGACCGAACCGUUCAGCGUGCGACCAAGAAGGAGAUCGACUUGAUGCGAGAGGCAAAGGACUCCAUCCCUGAAGGCGACUACCGUCUGAAGCGCCUGAACUUGGCUAUGGCCGAGGGCUGGCCCGUCUACAAGGUGCUAUGUCGUGAGGACGACGUUGUAUCUGUGGACGCCUGGCGUGCUACUAGCACGAAUACUGACUCUGCAUCUUCCACUGUACCUCCGCCUUCUUUGUCUCUAGCUAAUAUCGGCUUACUAUCCGAGGACCCUGAUCCCUUUGGGCCUGGUACAUCCUCGACAGCUCGGACUGCAUGGAAAGCUCGCAACCGCCCUGCUGUACAUUAUCGGUGCUUCUUGAUCUGCAAACACGACUUUUCGAGCGACUCUCCUAUCGGGCGUGGCACAAGGGGAUACCUUGCAUACGACAUGAAGACUGGCAAAUUUGUAUACUUAAAGGACUCUUGGCGCGUCUCCACAGGAAACUCGGAGAUCAAGGUCUAUCAGCGUUUGCAUGAGCGUGGUGUCGAAAAUAUUGCAACACCGAUUUAUGGUGGCGAUGUCGCGGAUAUCGACGGGACUCUGCACCGAACGUUGGCUCAGAAGCACAACCGCAAGGCAGAAUACAUCCAUUGUCGGCUUGUCGUGGAAGAAAUCGGUGAGUCCAUCCUGGACUAUCCCACCAGCAAAGACUUGGUGGCGGUGAUGUAUGGCGCUAUCAUUGCACAUCAACAGGCUUGCGAGAAAGCUAAAGUAAUGCACCGGGACAUCAGCGAGGCAAAUAUGCUCAUGAUCCCAGAUCCUAAAUCACCAACACGUGGCGUUACGAAGAGAGGGAUCCUCAUCGAUUGGGAUCUAUGCAAAUUAUACGAUGAGCUCAUGGACGGCGCUAAGCAAAGCAACCGUUCAGGAACAUGGCAAUUCAUGUCCGCGUUGCUUCUCUUGAGGCCGGGUUUCAAACAACAUACUGUUGCCGACGAUUUGGAAUCGUUCAUGCACGUCCUCAACUGGAUCUGUCUGCGGUACCACGAUACCCUCCAUGAAGAUCUACAAGCGCAUGUAAGCCUCGUUUUCGACGGAUCCAAAAAGGGAGAUCUAGAGAAUCGGACUGGCGGUGGCGAGAAGUUUCUUCGUAUACUCAAAGGUAUUCCGUCUGCGGAGCUGUCUGACUCGACGCCCCUACAGGUCCUGGUUGACGCACUAGUCGAAUUGUGCCAAGCUCACUACAACGCCACCGAUCUUACACCAUACGCCAAAUUCUUCCGUAAGAAGGCACCUAUUCCGGCAAGCUGGUUCGAGGACGGGGAACACCCUGAUGUGCUCGGGUUCGAGAGUUCCGAAGAGCAGUCCGAGAACACCCACGAGCCCGUUGCAGCGGCAGUCGAUACCAUGAAAUACCCGCCAUUUUCGACCCAUGAGAAGAUUCUUCGUGUUUUCGAGAAAGCUCUUCUUGUUCGUGCUGAUGUAUACCCCAUAAAACAGGACGACAAAUUCGCGCAGUUCGCAAAAAUCGAUCGAUCUCAAUACUCUGUUCACUCUUCCUUCUCUGGGUCAAAACGAUACUCGGAAGAGCUUGGAGAUGGAGGAGAUGAAGAGCAGCCACUUGCGAAGAAACUUAGGCCCGCGAGGACGAAGCAACAGCCAUCGCACACACUCGGCGCAAUUAUUGAGAACGAGGCGACCAGGGACCAACCGGUUGCGGGAGGAUCCCAGGCUGCCGGUCAUCGAGAUGGCUGA